AUGGGAGUGGCCUCUAAUGACCACAUGGGGUUUCUGGGGCCGAAGACCCUACCGUUUCCACUAGAGGACACGCGAUUUCACCCACUGCUUAUCGCCAGAGGGCGCUCUGCCCACGCGGAGAGCAGCGGCACUGAGCAUCCCCGGCUUUCCUGGGAUGCCACAUCAUUUCAAGCAUUCUUCCGACCCAAGGCAUGGAAUGCUGGCCCAGGAAAGAACCAGCCCUGCCAACGCCCGCUUCGCCCGGCCAUUCUGCGGCACCCCCGCUUCCGGGGCCUGUUUGAUUUCGCCAUUCCAGUGCUGCUGUGGGGGGGUCUCUUCACCCCAGAGCUCUGGGACAACCUGAACCAGCACAAAGCCCCCUACGGCUGGCAGGGGCUCUCUCGUGAAGCCAUCGCCUCCACCCUCAGCCUUCUGAAUGGCUCAGAGAGCUCGAAGCUGUUUAAUGCCCCCAGGGACCAAUCCCCCAGCUGCAUCCAGUGUGCUGUGGUGGGCAACGGAGGCAUUCUGAAUGGCUCUGGCCAGGGGCUGAACAUCGAUGCCCACGACUAUGUGUUCAGACUCAAUGGUGCUGUGAUCAAAGGCUUCGAGCAAGAUGUAGGCACCAAGACUUCUUUCUAUGGUUUCACUGUGAACACGAUGAAGAACUCCCUCAUCUCCUACUGGAAUCUGGGCUUCACCUCCGUGCCGCAAGGACAGGACCUGCGCUAUAUCUUCAUCCCCUCAGACAUUCGCGACUACGUGAUGCUGAGAUCGGCCAUUCUGGGCGUGCAUGUUCCAGAGGGUCCUGAUAAAGGGGACAGGCCGCCCAGCUAUUUCGGACCAGAAGCCUCCGCCGGGAAGUUCAAGCUGCUCCAUCCGGGCUUCAUCGGCUACCUGACGGCGAGGUUUUUGAAAUCAAGGUUGAUUAAUACAAAUUUUGGAGACCUAUAUAUGCCUAGUACUGGAGCCCUCAUGCUGCUGACAGCCUUGCAUACCUGUGACCAGGUCAGUGCCUAUGGAUUCAUCACAAACAACUACUGGAAGUUUUCGGACCACUAUUUCGAACGAAAAAAGAUGCCGCUGAUAUUCUACGCAAACCAUGAUCUGUCCCUGGAAGCCGCCCUGUGGCGGGACCUGCACUACGCAGGCGUCCUCCAGCUGUACCAGCGCUGACCCCAAAGCACCAAGCCCUUUGUUCCCCGAAGAGCUGCCGCCCUGGUACCUUCAAGUGGCCAGCAGCCUUUUUAACUUUUUGACUUCUGGAAGGGCUUCAACUCCUCCCCAAGAGGACACCGAGGCUUGCUCAAUGCAGGG